UGUGGUAAACAAAUCCCUACAAUAUCAAUAUUAAAAAAUAAAUACAUAAUGUUGUAUGUAGGCAUGUAUGUAUGUAUGCUCACUUAUAAUAAAAAAUAAAUUAUAAUCAGUACAACAAAACUUACGUGUACACUAACAACAAUUGCAUCAACAACAAAGACCAGCACUAAAUAAUGUUGACAAGUUGAGCUCCAUUAAAAUAACGGCAAAAAGAGAAAAAAAAAAGUCAACGUGAAGAGUAAGUAAUAAACGAGUUGAGGCCAUGCGUUAUCGAGUCAUCAAUUUAUAGCUGGUUUUUUAGUUGCUAUAUUGACAUGCGCAAGUCAAAGUCACGCUCCCGCAAGCCGAUGCACGUAUCUACACAAUCGCGCCAGAAGUUCGGGAAACAACUUUUAUUAGUGAAUAGAAAGAGCGGCUUAAUCAUCAGCUAAAUUCAUGAGCCUUUAGUACGUGUAUGAGCUAAACUUUAGUUUGCUGAGACAUACACACACACACACACACACACACACAAACAGACAGCCCAGAACGCGCUGACAACACCUGUAGUAUUAACAAAAUAAAAAUCUAUUUCAAAGAAAUAUUUUAAUAACAGUGUUAACUCGAACACAGCGCUUAUCAAUAGAGAUAAGAUAAAGUUAUAGCGUUCAAAAGUGUCGAGUUAGAAAUUAAAUUUGAAAUAUUUGAAAAGUGAACACUGGAAAUAUGUCCGCACCACGCAUACAAUUCAAAACACUGAAGGGCUUCCCGCCAAUUGUGGAGGAUAAAAUUGAGACUGUAGCAUUUUUGGAAUCUGCGAAGGAGAUUGUCACUGUUAUUGAGACAUUUGGCAAACUAUUUACACCUGUGAUAAACGAUAUGAAUGGCAAUAUUGUGAAAUUAACAAAAGUCUACCAAACGGAUCGAUUGAAAUAUACCUACAUAGAGGACAUGAUUGUCUUAAAUCUAAAUGUGAACAACAUUGCUGCCGAUGCAUUGCUGUGGUUAAAACGUGGCCUACAAUUGAUUUAUACUUUCUUCGAGAAUAUCUUUUACGACGCACAGGGCGCUGAGGUGUUGAAGCCGCAUCUACAGAAUGCGUAUGAGCGUACAUUGAAGCCAUAUCAUGGUUUCAUAGUUCAAGGCACAAUUAAAUUAAUCUACAGCUGGGUGCCAACGCGCUCACAAUUGAUUGGCAAAGGUGAAGCGCACGCUGAGAAUCUGCAGGUUUUGGAGAAAUUCCUGCCAACAAUGCGUGAAUAUUUGAAUCGUAUAGAUUUGUUGUUGAAGAAAUACAAUUUGGAUGUGCCAAAGGCGUGAGGGAAGGCAUAAACUUCGCAUUUCGGAUUUUGUUUUUGAAUAUUUAAUGAGUUCCGUACCAGUUAAUAUACACAUAGAGGCUGUUGCUGCAAUGACAAUUUUUUUCUUUCUAA